CCAUCUUCCUGCCCCCCCGACAUUAGCUGCCGCGAGGGACGCAUUAGCCCAACGGAGCUGUUCGCCCGACUUGCGCUCUGGGAUUCGCCCGCGGUGACUUGGCUUCAACGCAUCCCUACAACAUUGCCGGUCUCCUCCCGUCAUUCCGUUUCUCCUGACAAUCCGCUUCGAACCUCACCACAUCACCCCUAUCUCUAUCACUCUCCUGUGGGAUUACUCCCCACCCGUUCCAUGGGCUCUAGGGUCAUUUCUAUUCUUGUUAACAGCGCAUCCCACGCCACUCGGAGUCCAUGACAUCGCCCGGAGAUGCGGCUCCGGUCAAGCCUCCGCCGUCAUUCUCGCCCGGCGUACCACGUGUCGCAUCCAAGUCGAGAUAUCCAAAUCAGCGCCGCGACUCGUCACCGGCCCUCGAUGCAGACCUGGUAGACUCGAGGAUCCGAUCCCCGACCCCGCCCCUGACGGCCACGACGGCAGAACUUCCGAUUAGGUCCGCAUCACCUCGUGCGCCUUCUUUCCGAUCGUCGACUCCACAAUUAGCUCGAUCAUCCCUGGGAUCGCCGGUAGAAGGUCGUUUCGAUGGCGCAGAGGAAAUUCGAUCUUUAAUCAUACGCUCGUUCUCCCCCGUGGUUGGGGUAUACGCAUCAGCGGACACCGAUGAGUUGGUGCGACAGAAAGGUUUCGCUGGUGGGUUCUGGGAGUUGAUUCGCCCUUUCGGCGAGAAUGUACCAGGCAAGUUGGUCAUUAGGGACAGCGUGGGGUCGAGUCGUGGCUGGGAAGACUACGGGGUUCGCUUCGUGAACUUGGCCAGCAACAUCUCGCCUUCGAACUCAGGGCGAAGCCCCUCCCUGGCACAGGUGGAAGAAGUCUUGGAGAAGCAAUUGGGCUCGACAGAUGAUCCGCUGGGCGGAUCAAUGCGGCCCAUAAAUUUCUUGAGUUUUCCUACAACAUCCCCUUUAUACAAAGUAUAUCUUCGACACCUUCUGUCGAUAUCUUCGGCAACGCCGCAUGAAACCUUUCGACAUCCAGUGGCCAGCGUCAUUGCUAUUAGCUCACGCAAUACUGCCCCGCUUGAAACUCUCAGACAACUGUAUGCAGAUACGAGCAAUGGGCCUCGGAGGUUGCCAGACUGGUGUCACCCUGAAUACCUCCGGUACUACGUGCUCGUGCAUGACGAGGAUCGGGAUGAUAUUGCCGAAUCAACCAAGCUUUACGACCAAAUGAAGCGUCAUUUCGGGUUGCAUUGUCAUUUGUUGAGGCUGCGCAGCAAUCAGUGCGUGGUCACCGAUGAUGAUAGUGUCCGAGUUCCUGAAUGCGAGUGGCUUUCGCCUCCAGAGCGACUUUCGGGUGGAGCUGAGCCUUUGGUUGACCUCGAUACUAAUGGUCUUUACCUUUUCGACUCCGAUAUUAUGGCAAUCAAAGCCUUUAUUCGAGAGCUAGUUGCGCAGUCCGUAAUACCAUUCAUGGAAAACCGAGUCGCUGUCUGGAAUGACCAGGUGGCCUCCCGUAGGCGUGGUAUCAGUGGUCGAUUCAUGUCAAUGUCACGGAGAUGGGCCGGAUUCGGAACUGGCUCUCGUUCCAGCCUUACAUCGGGAGGGGCCAGCGGAAACUACGAUGUCGCCCACGGUUAUUAUAGGCCCGACACGCCUGAAGCUCUGCUGCGCAAAAUGGCUGAUUUCGCGUUCAUGCUCCGCGACUGGAAGUUGUCAGCAUCUACGUACGAGCUUCUUCGGUCGGACUAUGCGAACGACAAGGCUUGGAAAUAUCAUGCGGGUGCCUACGAGAUGUGUGCCGUCAGCAUGCUUCUUAACCCUGCCGCAAUGGGGACCAAGGUCAAGCUCGACGGAAUCGAUCAGAUGUUCGACACGGCAUGUUAUUCGUAUCUUACAAGGUGCUCGGACGCACCUAAUGCACUUCGUUGCCUAACGUUAGCUAUGGAAUUGUUGAAGUCUCGCGGGGGUUCGGCAGUGGAAAGCGCCGCUCGAUGGGCCAUGCGGGCCAUGGACCUUGGGCUAGUGGGAUCUAUCGGUCAGGGCCUAUUCAGUGAGCGUGUGUCGGCAUGCUAUGCGGCGAGGUCACCGGUGAGCGGAAUGAAAUGGGGCUCUCGACGUAGGAAAGCUGGAAUGUGGAGUGUAUUUGCCGCCGAUACGUGGCUUCGUCUGGGAAAGCCAUCACUAGCAUCGGCAGCUCUCGAGGAGGCGGAGCGGCUAUAUGCAGAUGUACUGGAUAGCGAUGGAGGAUUUCCGAUGCCCGAGAUGCAGACGUUCGUUGACAACCUGCGACACGCUGUCAAGGUCGAGUACCUUGAAGCCCGGGGGCUAGAUACGAGGGAUGAGGCAGCCACUGCCGAAGCACUGGGCACGGAAGAAAUCAGCGAGAAGCUGGACCGACGCAUGAAUCGCAAGUCUUUGAUCUCGAAUCCGUUGGACUCGGGCGGUCUUGGUCCGGCGCAAGGCACGAGAGAUGAUGACAAUGCAGCCAAUGACGACUUCGAACGAGCUUAGGGACGCAAUUAUGGUGCGACGGGCGCAUAGGUUCAUACAAUAUAAUAGAC